ACCUGACCAGUGACCAGACCCAAAUCCAACUUGGCUGCCGGGCGUGGAAUCGCGGUAGAUUCCCAGCGAAAUACAGAAGUUCUGUCCGACACCACGCGCUUUGCAGGUGGCGGAAAUCCAAAAGCCCGACCGGUCGACCACCAGCCAGCUCCUCCGUCCUCUCCCCCCCACGCCCGGCGUCCCACCGUUACCGCCGUCGCCGUCGCCGUCGCCGUCGCCGUCCGGCGCAUCCCGUCUCCCCCCUCGACCGAACAGUUGGCCAGUUGGUGGAUCCACCCCAGCCUGCAAGCGAAUCGGGAAGAGGAGGAGGGAGCAGAUCGAAGGUCGGGGAGAGUCGCCGGCCAUGGUGAAGGAGACGGGCUACUACGACGUGCUCGGCGUGAUCCCCACAGCCAGCGAGUCGGAGAUCAAGAAGGCCUAUUACAUCAAGGCGAGGCAGGUCCACCCAGACAAGAACCCUAAUGACCCGCAGGCAGCAGGGAAGUUCCAGGUAAAGUGUUUUGCCUUUGCCCCUUUACUAAUCUGCCCACCUUUCGCUCAGCUCACAGCCGAGCUGCUGUACCAAGCAACUCGGCCACUCAUCCCAUAGCGUAGAAUCCUCGAU